UGAAUAGAAAAUGAAGAAUUAGGGAGUGAUUUACUCUAUUUUCAACUUGGUUGCUUCAGUUUGUAAGCAGUGUGUAGUGUUUUUGUUUGCUGGCCUCAGCUGGUAACGGGACAGUUGAAACAAAUUAUCCACGAGGGUUAAGAGCUUAUUUCUUAUCAAAACGGUUCAGAUGUUUAGUAUAUUUUAAUUGUUGCUUAGUUGGGAUGUUCAGUCUUAGUUCUCAGAUUGAGAAAUCACAACAGGAAGCUUUGAAAUGUUGUACAGUUGGUUCAAAAUGCAGAUCAUCAUACUAUCAUUCUUUUAAGCCAUUAAAUAGCUUGACAGGAGUUCUCAUUUUUACAGUUUUUAAAAAGUGCUACAUUGACAUUUAAUCCAUCAUUUAAUUAAUCAUCGUGUGUAUAUUACACCUGUCAUUGUUUUCUUAGACGCCUAAUGAAACUAACCCAAAACACAGUGGGUUAAUAGACACUAAAAAUAAUUUGAGAUUUGGAAAAAAAAUGAUUCUUUCUUUGUGGGAGUUCUUCUAUGGGCACUUUUUUCGAUUUUGGAUGAAAUGGCUUUUACGACAGAUGACUGGCAAGUGUGAAUUACAACGAAUUUUUGAUACCUAUAUAGGUGCACAAAGGACACACAGGAUAGAAAAUUCUUUGACAUACUCCAAAAAUAAGAUUUUACAGAAAGCAACACAAGUAGUUGAGAGUGAAGUGGACAAAUGUGUAGAAGAUAUAAUGAAGGAAAAGAAUAUUAACCCUGAGAAAGAUACCAGUUUUAAAAUCUGCAUGAAGACAUGCUUACUACAGAUAACUGGUUAUAAACAACUCUAUUUGGAUGUAGAAAACGUGAGGAAAAGGCCAUAUGAUUCUGAUAACAAACAACAUGAAAAGCUACUCUUAAAGCUUUGGAAUCUACUAAUGCCCACAGUAAAGCUAACAGCUAGAAUCUCCAAGCAGUGGGCUGACAUUGGUUUCCAGGGUGAUGAUCCCAAAACAGACUUCAGAGGCAUGGGCAUACUUGGAUUAAUCAAUCUUGUGUAUUUCAGUGAAAAUUACACCAGGGAAGCUCAUCAGAUUCUUUCCCGCUCAAAUCAUCCAAAAUUAGGGUAUUCUUAUGCAAUAGUUGGAAUCAAUCUUACAGAGAUGGCUUAUAGCUUACUGAAGAGUGAAGCCUUGAAGUUUCAUCUCUACAACUUUGUUUCUGGUGUGCCAACAAUGGAACACUUUCACCAGUUUUACUGUUAUCUUGUCUAUGAAUUUGACAAGUUUUGGUUUGAAGAGGAACCAGAAAGCAUUAUGUAUUUCAACCUUUAUAGAGAGAAGUUUCAUGAAAAGAUUAAAGGACUCUUAAUGGAUUGCAAUGUAGCACUUACUUUAAAAAUAUAAAUCAUCCAUAGUAGCUUCUAUUUCUACCAUAUUUUGCACACACAACAGAAUUUAUAUGUUGUAAUAGAAAUUAUCUGAUCAAUUACACUCUUAUAUAUAAUUUCCUACAAAAAUACUUUAGAAAUUCUAUUUAAGAAAGCUAGUGGACAAUCAGUGUAUGUUUACAAUUGUUUAUACACUGUCCUCCAAAGUUACCUUAUCCUUAUCCUUCAGAGAUCCCUUCUGUAGAGUCAUGUGAACUACAGUUUGGAACUUGGGAUUUAGUCUGUUAGUGUAAAAGUAUAAGUCAGGUAUUUAUAUUAAAUUGGUUGAUUAAAAUGUGUACAAAUCAAUUUUCAUUUUUAUGUAUUGUAGCUAUCAAGUUGGUAUCUUUUUCAAAGCUCUUUAAAAUUUUUUUUGUUUUUUAGUCUACAAGUGACAAGUUGUAGUUGCUUAGUCUUUUUAUUUCUAGGGUAAUUAACAGCAAGAGUAAUUUUUUGUUUUUUGAUGGGGUUUUUUGUUUUGUUUUGUUUUGCUUAAUUGGCAGUGCUAGGGAUUGAACCUGGGGCCUCCUGCAUGCUAGACAAGCACUCUUCCACUGAACUACACCUCCAACCUAAGAGGAGUUCUUUAUGACUUUCUUUGUUUGCAUCUCAGUCACUUAUCAAAGUCACUAUAUUAGUAACAAAAGCAUAGAGCUAUCAGGAAAAAGAGUAGUGAACUCCUUUUUGGUUUCUGGAGAUUACUGGAACAUAACAGAUAAUGAGAGAAUGACAGUAUUAGCUUUUUGUUUUUAAAUAACACACUUUGUCAAUGUUAUUUUGAAGUUUAAAAGUAUUUUCUCAUUUUCAGAAUUUACUUUUUUUCAGUUGUAGGAAAAAAACAGUCUUAUUUAGUGCUUUGGUGUGAGGGCCUCUACUAAUACAGUUUAUUAAAAGAGACGUAUUUGCUAAGAAAAUCUUGAUUGUGUUUGAAGGACAGUUUCUAUUAAAGCUGUCUCUAAAACAAGAAAAAGAAGCAUUUAAAAAUCUCAGUUAAACAUCAUUACUUUAUUUGACUGUUGACUCUUGCUUCUCUUUGUUUUGACUCCAUGCUGUUUCUAGAUAAUGAUAUAUGGACCUUCCGUUAACAGUCUGUGGGAUAAUAAAGCAGCUUGAGACUGA